AUGUUUAGUGCUAUUGUUCUCUUGGAUAUAAUCAAUAGUAUAUAGGUAAAUGAAAUCCCAAUGGUGGUAUGCAAUUCAUUGAUUUUAUUGUUUUCCAUAAGUAAAUUCGUCCAUUUAAAUGCCAAGUUCAUUACUUCUUCAAAAUAAGGAUUAAAGAAUGUGAAUACCUGCUGAUAAUCGUCUUGUUCUUUCACAAUGCCAUAUAAAUCUAUUAUUACUAUGGAAUAAAAUCAUUGUGGUUUUUGAUUUAUCUUUUACAAUAUUCAAAUCGGAAUAAGAUACUCAAAUACUUAAGAAUUGUAAAUUUACUUAAUUUAUGGUAAUAUUAUAAUAUAAUAUAUCUAUUCUAUAUGAUGGUCAAUUAUUGUAUUUUCAUCUUAAUUUAUCAAAUUUACAAUUAAAAAGAAUAGGUGUCAAAAAUCAAUAUUGCAGAAAAUAAAUUAUUGAAGAUAUCAAGUAAUUAAUAAUUUUUAAACUAUUUGGUCAAAAAUGCAAUGAACUCUCAAAAAAUACCUCCUCUUCAACUAUAAUUAAUUGUAGACUACUCCAAAUUAAACCAUUGA